AUGAGUUUGAAUGUGACCCCUAGCAUACUACUGCCUCAUAUACCCAGCACUGGUGUGGAUCGGUACAAGAAUGUCAAUUUUCUUCUGAGACUCAAUGAGGAUUUGGUUUCAGCAAUUCAGGAAACGACGUUGGAGCAGGACGUUCCGAAGUUGAUUGUGAAGAAUGGCAAGCUCUCAUUUCGAAUUAAGGGCAAGCUGUUAGAGGCAACCGUUCUGAGGGAUAAUCUGAAAACAGAACUGUAUAGUUCGUCUGAAGAUGAGAGAUUUAUCAAUAUGGGGACUCUGGACUAUAAGAUCAAUAUGGCCAAGUCAAAUAUUGCCAGAUGUCCUCAGCAGCCACAUAAGUCCUUACUCAAAACUUCCGCAUUAUCCCAUCAAAGAUCUCACCCUUUCUUGUUAACAUCGUCAUCAGCACCACCAUCACCAUCGCCAUCUUCGUCAUCAUUUUCCAGUUCUCUUCACUCAGACGUACAGCAUCUAAUUCAGCAAUUUUUGUUGAAAGGCAACUCAUUGACCAAGGAAGAAGUCGGAGCUUUGAUAUCAAAAUCCAAAGUUCCAAAGGCUGCUCUUCGUCGAAUGAUAUCCAAGGUUCACGAUGUAAACUACGUGCUGCGGGAUUUUUACCUCCUUCAAGUCAACUGUCACCUCCUAGGAGCCAUGCAGAGACAUACCAUUCGCCAGUAUUUGAGUUGCAAGUUGGAUCAGAUUGGCUAUCCAGAGAAUCACCCCUUGAAGCUGAAAAUUUUGCAUGCACUGCCAGACUUUAAGUUCUUUAAGAAGAAGAAAAUUCAGUCGCCCAAACCAGUAGCAUCGCCUAUAGCGUCAACUAGCAAGGCUGAGAACAAUUCACCGUCACCUUCUUCAUCUGCCUCUUCAGAUGGUUUAAAGAAGAGAAAGGCGGACAACGUGUCGCCAAUCACAAGUUCCGAAGAUGAUGUCAAGAAGACCAAAACUACCAAAACUACCACAACACCUGUUCCCAAGACGGUGGAUCCGGAACUUUUGCAAUUGGCAAUAAACUUCAAGGCAAAAUAUCCCGAAUACGAAAAGCUCUACAAAUCGUUAUCAAAACCAAAUUGUGAUCCCAACCACGACAAAAGCUGGGAACACAAGCAGCUUACUAAAUUGGUGAAGAUGCACAAUCAACUGAGCGCUUGGAAAGCGAAGUUAUGGGAAGAAGAAGACAACAUGAGGGCGAAAUCUAGUGGAAAGGUUUAUAUUAAAGAAAAAUAG